AUGGCUGGCGAGACGUCCAAAUCGUUGCAAGACCUCUGCGCCCAGGUCAAGGCUCUCCUCCCGGAGCAGUUCCGGCAGGAUGCGUGGUAUCUCAUUGUUGCCUCUGUCCUCGUCGCAUCCGGAAAGCCCCUCGAACUAGGUCCUCUGUACACAUAUCUCGUCGAGAGUGCGGGCGCAGACGACGCGGAAGAGAAGAGCCUCAAGACGCGCCUCAGCGAUGCCCUGAUGAAGGAAUGGACGCUGGUGGGCAUUCCGUUGGUCAUCACCGCUGUGGCAGCAUUGGGGAAAGCAGAGAAGGAGAGGAACGAGAAGAGAGGAGUGAAAGUUGAGCCUCUUACGACGGAUGAGAGGGGGUUGUUGGCUUUUCCUGAGAAGCGACAAAACCUCGACAUCAACACUGCCAUCCCAGACCGCGGCACCAAGUUCCUCCAACAGCUCUACCGCGAGAACCUCGAGCCCAUCUUCUCCACCUGGGGCUCGUACGGGCCGGACUUCAUGUGGAUGGAACGCGCCGUCAUCUACGGGCUGUUCCUGUCUGACCACGAGGUCCUGUCGGCCGUCGAGGCCGAGCUGGUCAUCCUGGCGAGCAUCAUGAGCCAGGGCCUAAGCGGGCCGACCAUCUGGCACCUGCGGGGAUUGCGACGGCUGGGCGUCAGCGAAGACGACGUCGAGAGCGUGCAGAAGGCUAUCGAAGCGGUGGCUACCUGGGCGGGGAAGUCGGUCGAGGGGUGGCCCAGAGUGACGGACGUGCCGGACGUGAUUUAA